CAUCGUGACCCAUUUUUGAGCCAUUUUUGCUGUGAAAUGCUUUUUUUUAUUGUUGGCAAUCACCGGACUCAUUUCAUUUUCUUCAAUUUUCUGUUUCGUUUUCUGUUCUAAUCCCCACCUAAUGCAGAUUUCUCUUCGUCUCUUUCGUUACCAAUGAAUUUUCCUUCGUUUUCCGUUGAAUCUUCCCCUGUUUGCAUCCUCUGUGUAUGUUUUAGGAUCCAUCUGGUUUAUCGUUUUACCCGAUGGAACAGAGAUUCGUUGUAAUGAGCCCUAAUGCGAUCCCUACGCAUUUUCGAACCCUAGAUCGUUAAUCGGCAUUGCAGAGAAGAAUCUCGGAGAUGAAUUGUAUUUAUCUUGGGUUCAAGCUGUUGGAGUUUUCCUAGGCGUAUUUCGAGAGUCAAGUUUCCGCUUAUGAGUUUGGAUUCAUUUUUUCCAGAAAUGUCAGCCAAGUUACAACAGAUUGAUCAAAAGGGUGGUGGUUCAGGUACCCAGAAAAGGCUGAAGGAUCUCACAUCUCAGUCUGCCAAUAAAUUCUGUGCAGAUUGUGGGUCUCCAGAUCCAAAAUGGGUGUCUUUGAAUUUGGGGGCAUUUAUUUGCAUCAAGUGUUCUGGAGUACACCGAAGCCUCGGAGUGCAUAUAUCUAAGGUUCUUUCAGUGAAGCUAGAUGAUUGGACGGAUGAACAAGUUGAUGCUUUGACGAGUAUAGGUGGAAAUACUGCCGUAAACAAAAAGUACGAAGUUUUCAUCCCAGACAGCGAUAAGAAACCAAAACCAGACUCAUCCAUAGAGGAGCGUUUGGAUUUUAUAAGGAAAAAAUAUGAGCUACUGCAAUUCGCAAGUCUUGACGACCAGAUUUUCUGUCCUUUUCCACCCCCGCAGAAGAAAUCAUCAUUCUGGCAUAGCAUUUCUUAUAAUGGAAGCGAAGAAAGAAGGAAUUACGAAAAACUACCGACAAAAACUCGAAUCGGAAGUGCAUUCCGGAACAGCUGGGGAAGAAAAGAUUGUGAACCGAAGAACAGCAAAAAGGGAAAUGCAUUGGUAUUAAGCAGCUCAAUGGCAGGUAUGAUUGAAUUCGUUGGUUUAAUUAAGGUCAACGUAGUUAGAGGAACCAAUUUAGCUAUCAGGGAUAUGGUGACAAGCGACCCAUAUGUAAUUCUCUCGUUGGGCAACCAAUCAGUGAAGACACGAGUCAUCAAGAGCAGUUUGAAUCCAGUGUGGAACGAGAGCCUAAUGCUGUCAAUUCCUGAUCACAUUCCUCCAUUAAGAGUGAUUGUGUAUGACAAAGACACAUUUUCAACCGAUGACUUCAUGGGUGAAGCAGAAAUUGAUAUCAAUCCACUGCUCACGGCAGCCCAAGCCUGUGAGAGAUCCACAGUCAGUGAACCGAUGCAGCUAGGAAAAUGGGUAGCAUGCAAGGAGAACACUCUUGCAAAGGAUGGCAUCAUCACUCUUGUAGAUGGGAAGAUCCGACAAGACAUCUCUUUGAAGCUGCAGAACGUCGAACGAGGCGUGCUGGAGAUGGAGCUUGAAUGUGUUCCUCUUUCUCAGUAGGCUGAGCCAUCCAUCCAUCCAUCCAUCCAUCCAUCCAUCCAUCCAUCCAUCCAUCCAAAACUGAGCUGUUUACAAUAUUAGGGAACCAUAGAUAGAGGUGUUCUUAGAGAUUGCUGCAAAUCAUUGGUCUGAGCAGGGGAAAAAGGUUACUUUUCAGGAAUAUCAAUGGAAGAAGUGUCUGUGCUGAAGAAAUUCUUGUGUUCAUAGUUGGUUUAUGCCUCAAUAACCUUCGCUUGUGUUUAAGAUUAUCCCCCUUUGAAUGUUUUUCUGUAAACUAUGUUAAUAUGUUGGAAAGGAGAAAGAACUUGUACAUUCGAGAUUACUUUACUUCUUUAAUGUGAAAUGUGAUUGUCUUUUCUUUUUCAAGAAUCA